AUGUGGAGAAAGGAAACUAAACCUGAAUGCUGCGACGAACACGAAUCGUUACCAAAGCGAAUGCAUUGCUUUUGGCCGGAAGUUUGCAAAGAAUUACAGAAACUGAAAUGUAGACAUGUGCAGCGUUUUGUUAAAUGUAAACGUCUUAUGAAAUUGGCUAUACCAUUAAAAAGUAUGAAAGUGGGCCGUUUCGUACCCACCUGUCCUUGUAAGCUUGAAAAGUCGAUUGAAAUAUCGCGUUUAGAUGAAAGGAAGCAUACGCGAACUGAACAGUUAGCCUAUCCGAAAGCUAGGCAAUUAUUACUUUUCAAAGAAGAGGCCUAUAACUUAUUUGAUCCGUUUCGUAAUGCGAAUUACAAUCGUUUAAUUCGCAAAAGUUUAUUCUCUAUGUACAGUCGUCUGGCUAACGUUCAACCUCCACAAAAAAGAAAAAUAAUACCGAAAUGGGAUCGCAAAGAAUGGGCCCGCCAUACGGCAAAACUUAAUAAACUAGCUAAACCUAAAAAACCUAAGAAAAUACCGAGAGAGCCCUCGAAACGUAUGCCGCUAAAGAGUAUGAAACGUUUUAAAUAUUUAGCUGAACCAAAAAAACAUGAAUUACUUGAAAAGCCGGAAUGGACAAUCACGGAUGUCAUGUAUCGGUACAAAGCUUCUAAACGUCUCAUCGAUUUGUCGCAGCCUGUUCAAUUUGAUGAAGCUAGAUUCAUUAGGCCAGUACCUGAACCAAUACCCGCAAAUGUUCUUAAGGCUGUCGCUACCGCAAGGACUAGGGCGCUGGCUCAACCCACUAGUCGUGGGGCUAAAUCAGCAGCGGCGGAUGUUAAGGAAAAUCCUUUCUCUGUUUCACCUCUGGCGAUUAAAUAUAAAGCAAGUAAACGGAUUAAGGAACUGGCCGAGCCAAGGGAGUAUGAAAAUAAGCAUAUACGUGAUAAUCCAUAUUUUAUAUCGCCAGCUGCUCUUAAGGCGAAAGCCUCACCACGCACAAUCAAUUUGGCUAAGCCCAAAGUACGAUCAACGUAA